AUGAAUUGUGUGGGAAAGAAAAUAAGUGAAGAGGAUGGAGGGGAAAGUCUAAAAAAGGAAGAGAGAAAGUGGGAAAGCAAAGUAAGAGAUGAAAACUGGAGGAAGAGGGAAGUGGAAAAAGAUAUGGAGGGGUCUGAAGAGAUAUUUGCUGUAGUUCUGGCAUGUGAGCUUGUCAGAUCAGGAAUAAAAGACAGAAAAGAACAUCAAGCAUGGUACUUGAAAAUAUCAAAGCUGGCACUGGCUUUGGCAAUUAUCCACUCAAAGCCUCCAGAAAAAAGCAGCAAAGAAUACACAGAGCAACUUGCUAAAAUUAUUUCUGGACAGGAUUUUAAAUGGAGAUCAAAAGUUGAAGCAUUAGAAGCUGAAGUCCUUAGAUUACGUCAGGAGCUUCUUUUGAACAAGAUCUGUCCAAGAUUCUGCUUGGAAAAUAGAAACCCAGAUGCCUUUACUGAAAUUCUGCUGGAUCAGGAACAUAUAAACCCUAUAAUAAAUUGCUCAAGUCAGCUAGAAGAUUCUGGGUGUGAUGUAUCUAGUGACUGUGUAUUUGAUACUGUAGACAUAUCACAUAACUUUGGGCACUCUGAGCAUAGUUGUAACACUUCAUCUUGUACAUUUAAUUCUGAAAUAUUUCCCAUAUUGAAUACCCAUUGUACUAGCAAGGAAAAAACUCUGGCUGCUCACAUGCAGUUCUUGCAACAUCUCCUUGAACUACGAAAACUGACAGAAGCAGGAGGUCUGAAAACAGUCUUUACAAAGCUUGAAAGCGACUGCUCCACAAUAUCAGAUUCUGUCUCUCGAUUGCUUGAUGGCCUGCUUACUUUUUACAAGAAUCCUAAAUUUCCUGUCUCAAAUUUUCUGACAGAAGCAGUUUCUGUUUUGAUCAAUUUAAUAACUGAUGCUAAUUUAUCUAAUCAUGUUCUGAAAAUGUGUUUUGAGAAGCUAGAAGAAUUUAAGAAAAACCUAGUUCAGAUUAUUUUAAGCAACAGCAAUAUCAAUAGGUUUCAGGUGCAGUAUCCCGUGUCCCACACUCUUGUUUUGCUGGGAAGAUGCAACAUAUUAAGAAAGUCUAUAAUAUCUCUGCUGUUAUCUGAAGUAAAUCAAUUUGCUGAUGAGUUGCAGCAAGCCCACCAGAUCGAGGCCAAGUAUAAUGUUACCCAAUAUGAGAAUAUUUUUUCUCUCUGCAUGAUUUUGGAACAGCUUCUUCAGAAGGGGACAGGAGAAGGUAACAUUUCAAGCUCGGACUGUGAUGGAGAAGAAAAAAACAAAUUUCUGCAGAACCUUGAUCAAAUUAUUCUCCAUCUUGCUGAUGAAUUCCCAUUGUUUUCAGUUUAUAUGUGGAGACUGGGUGCUCUUUUGAACUCAUCUCAAAUGCAAAUUGUUUAA